AUGCCCACAAGGAUACCCAAACCAGAAGACUUCGAGCACUUAUCACCCUCCCUGCACACAUCCCUAAUCUUUCCCGAGGUCCCAGAAACCACAACCGCUAUCCUCAUCCUCUUCCACGGUCUAGGUGAUUCCGAAGCAUCAUUCGCCACCUUCGCCAAAAACCUCAAUUUGCCCGGCGUCCUAUCCAUUUCCGUCCGUGGCGUAUCUCCCCUUCCCCCAUCUCUCCUCGGGCUACCCGCCGAGGAAGCCGCCCGUCCAACCAGACACUUCCACUGGGGGGACGACUUGACCCUCUCGCCAACAACCGGGGAUUUGGACCCGGACCCCGGAUUCUCGAAAGCCGAACGCCUGGUGCUGGGCAAGCUGAUUCGGGAGACGCUCGUCGAGAAGUGCGGCUGGGAAACUAACGACAUCCUGCUCUUCGGCUUUGGGCAAGGCGGAUCGCUGGCUCUCGGCCUGUCGUCUAGGCUCCGCGAAGGCGAGAAGGUCGUGGACGUGACCGAGGGGGGUGAGGCUGCUACUGCUGCUGCUCUGGGCACGGCUUUCGAAGGCGUCGUGUCGAUCGGCGGGGCGUUACCGCCGAGCACUGUACCGACCGUCAGCGCGCGGGAGAAGUCCCGGACGCCGGUGUUGGCGUGUCAUGGCAGGUCAAGCGAGGUGCUUGAUGAGGACGCGGUAGACUUGUUGAAGAAGGAGUUUGCUGAUGUGCGGGAAGUAAAGUGGAGGAAAAAUGACGACGGCAUGCCGCAGAACAGGGACGAGAUGUUACCCAUUAUGCAGUUUUUCGCUGACCGACUACGCGGGUGGUAG